AGUUUGUCUCUGCUGUGCUCGUGUGUGUGUGUGUGUGUGUGUGCGUGUGUGAAUGUGACUGUGCGCGGCUGUUGCGGCCGUCUGUCUGUUUAUGUCUGCGUGUGCUGGGGCCGCCGUAGCCGCCGCUGUGGUCUCGGUCCUGCCACUAUUGAACUACGACUGCUAUGGCUUAAGGCUGAUCUUGUACGUGUAAGUGUUGGCGCUGAAAGUUGAGUGUUGAGCUUCUGCUGGCUGCAGCCGAAACGGCAACGACGACGAUCAGUAGCGGCGGCAGCAUGAGCAGCCUCUGGCUCUAGCUGUGGCCAGGCAGCGAUCGAGCGAAAGCCGAACGGGCGCCGAAAAGACUUUUAACGAUAAGUGCAUUUAGCUACCGAUACCGCUGCUCCUUGUUACGCGUAUGGUGUCAGAAGGCAACUGCCUCGUUCAUGUAGUGAGUGAGUUUGUUAGUAACGUAGUCUGUACUUAGCGACUGCUUCAAAAAAUACUGGCAGCAGCAGCAGCAGCAACAACAACAACAACAACAACAACGGACUGCAGUAUGACUGUUACGUUAACUUCUGCUGCUUAACUGAAGUACCAUCAAAUUUGAAUUGCCGGCAACGACAGCAGUCGCGGGCCUGUAUGGAUCGAGAAGCAAAAAGUGCUACUGGAUGAAUGAACGGUCUGAACAGAGAUAUAAUAAAAUUCAUCAUUUUUGUCGUAUUUUUUUUAUUAAUGGUGGCUAGUUGUUGCUUGUUGGUGUUGACAGAGAUCAUCGACUCGAGCCAACUGAAAAAGUGUCGCUGGCCGCAACUGAUUGUUUGACCUUAAAGUAAACGAAACGUUGUUGUUGUUGUUGUCGUCGUCGUCGUCGUCGUCGUCGCGUGUGGCACGCGUUCCACGUCAACUCGAGCUAACUUAGCACUUAGACUGCGUACGCUUCCGGUCGAACAAAGACCAUCAUUGGUGCAGCCUCCUAAACAGUUGAGACUCAACAAUAGCACGAAUAACUAGGCAAAUCGUUUAUUUGGCGGCGAGUGUCGUGAGAAGCACGUGAAAUUCGUGGUUAUUCAUUGACGGCAUCGAGGAAGUAUCGAAUGCACCCCGCUCGCGAAAUCUCCUUACGGACGACGUUCGAGGUGGUGGCUAUUGUGCGCCACCGUUUGUCCCGUCAAUAUCAACAACAACAGCAACGCCUGUGGCUGCUGCAGCGACAUCAAUAACAACAAAAUCGAGCUUCUUCUUUAAAUGUGCCUCGCUACUGCUGACGAGCUAUAAAAAGUGAGCGAGCAACUGCUCGACUAUCUAGUGUCUGGGAAAAAGGAAUCGACUGAUCAACAGCUAGAACUGUCACUACCUUUACUAAUACUGCUGCUAUUUGACAUUGGUUGCCGUGUGCAUCGUCAUUCGACCGUAAACACUGACAAAUUGGAUCACAAGGGGGAUAGUACAUAAGAUUACUGGUAGUCCACUAGCGAUUCUGAUCAAACAGCCAGUUUUGCCUCUUAAUCCCGGUUGUUGUAGCGGCCGGCGCUAUUUCAGCGUCUACGUUUCGUGUAGCGCCGUCCGUUACGACCGCGUAACAGUGACACCUUCCGUCCGUCAAUGUGCGUGCGGCACGACUGUGUCGUCUGCGUGCAGUGAGUUCGCUCUCUCUCUCUCUCUCUCUCUCUCUCUCUCUCUGACCCCCCUCUCUUUGUGACCACUCUGUGUGUGCGUGAGUGUGUUACGAUUACAGUAAGCAACGAAUCGGCACUUUGCCUUCCCCGCCGUCGCCCAUUAUCACCGUUAAGCACGAAUCCACUCCUGUUCACAAGUCCGCCCUCGUGUAUCAUCUAAGUGGCGAUACGUGAACGGGUCGGCAACAAACAGCGAACUUAUCUGUACCAAAACACCACCGGUACAACCCUCGGGCGUCCCCCACUUCCCCCAUGCUGUUAUUUUUGCAGAAGUGUUUCGCCGCGCGAAUGCAAAAGCAAACACAAUCUGACCACGUAUCACGUUGCUCCUGCUACUGAACGAAAACUGUGCCUUUUUGUGCCUAUUAUUUGACGAGGUGUCGUGGCGGCCGUUACAUGUUUGUUACGCGCACUAACCGGCCGACUGAUCGAUGAGGGUGCCUGAUAGUUUGUCGUGAAGGGAAACGAACGUUUUUGCAAGACAGACGUGUGCGACUGGAGGCCUUCAAGGUUCCGAACUCGUCGGCAUCGAGUAUACUAUUAUAAUUUUAUUAUAGACUAAGUCUAGCUUAGUCGUUGCGUGUUCGACGCUUACUUAGCGUGGUAUCGGUAACAACAACAAACGAUUACACCAGUGUACAUAUAUCGAGUCAAAACAUAACACACAACCGCCUUGGCCCUGUAAGCGAGCUGUGCUAAAGCACGGCAGGCGACGAAGCAGUACAUCCUCUGCUAGUGGCUGUGUGUAUGGGACUAGCCCGCUGAUUUGCGGGCCCGCCAACGCCGCCAUAGAGAGUGCUGUCUGUGUGAACCGGUUUGGAUCGUUACGAGCGAACCAGGAGGAAAAACUAUUGCACCGAUAUUUAACAGCACUGAAUCUCUUCGUCAUAAGUGAGCACUCUGGAGUGAUCUCAACUGUUCAUCGUUACCUCGGUGCCGUUCGGUCAUCGAAGACCGAAACUUUGACGUCACACACAACAGUAACGCGAUGGAGAAACGCCUUGAGCUUGAGAAGAGAGGCCGUACCGCCGACAAGGUAACGGACCUGAAUCUUGACAACUCUCGGUCGACGACAAUUGUUGGAUUAAGUGAAGACUUUUGCAAUCUGCGCACCCUUAGCUUAAACAGCGUUGGCUUGACGUCACUGAAAGGCUUUCCAAGUCUGCCCCGUCUCGAGAAGCUCGAGCUGUCCGACAACAGAAUCUCGGGCGGCUUUAACGUAUUACAUGGCUCACCUCGGUUGACACAUCUGACGCUGUCGAACAAUAAAAUACAGGAGAUCGACACACUUGAGCCCCUAGCCGCACUCAAGGAGCUGCGUGUCCUCGACUUGUUCAACUGUGGCGUUACAUCGGUUGACGGCUAUCGAGAGAAAAUGUUUGCGCUACUGCCUUCGCUGAAGUAUCUGGACGGGUACGACCGAGACGAGAAAGAAGCGCCUUCAGAGGACGAAGGUGAGGAGGAGGACGAUGAUGACGAUGAUGGAGAUGAGGAAGAAGAAGAAGUCGGUGAUGAAGACGAGGAAGAGGCUGAUGGUGAAGGCGAUCUCGAAGGUGAAGGUGAUGCCGACGGCGAUGACGGUGAUGAGCCGGACGCUGGCGACGAGGAGGACGAAGAGGAAGAGGUCGGCCUCGAGUAUCUCGACAAGGAGGAUAUUGAUGAGGAGGACGAAGGCGACUACGAACCCGCCGAAAAGGAGGCUGCAGCCGCAGCUGAAGAUGACGACGAAGAAGAUGCUGAAGAUGCGCCGGCCAAAAAAAAGAAGAAGUCUGAGUAGGAACGACAUUGAUGCAGGGCGACAGCGUCAGCAGCACUCAAUAGAAAGAUGAAAGAGUGGUCGUCGCUCGCCGCUCCGCUUUGAAGCAUCGACUCCCGCAUCAAUUCCGCAUAAAGAUGUUGCUCAUUGAGAAACUGGUUUGAGGUAAUGACGUGAAGAAUGUUGCCAGCCAUUUUGGUGCUUUUCAUGGUGUCGCGCGCGAUCAACCAUCAGCACUAAUACGACAAUGCUCCAAUCGGCCAUAGGUCGAGGAAUAGUAGACACCGAUGAGGGACUCAGUCAGCGACCCAAUGAAAAACACUAUUUCUUCGUCGUUUACAAGAAGUACAAGUUGCAUAAACUAAAUUCACCCAGAACACCGAUUGUCGUCUAACUGACGCCGCCCCUAGAUCGUACGUAAGUGUGUGUAUGUGUGCAUGUGUGUGUGUAUACGUGUGUGUGUGUGUGUGUGUGUGUUGGGGUAUAUACGUGUCAUGGCACAGCCACAAGAAAUCACAACAACGGCAACAGAAAUAGGAAACAAUAUCUCGUCGAUGCUGAGAGGACGGACGGCAUAGCAACCCAGCUCUCUUACUACCUGCUGCUACUAUAAGACAAUUAUAAGAAUUGAUUUCUAUAUUAUAAAGACAAUGUGAAGAUCGAAUUUGGGAGACGGAAGCAAAACAACACAUAAAGGGAAGGAAGGAAGGAAGGAAGGAAGGAAGAUAGGGGCACGCAUCGCUGGAGUAACAAGGCUGGGUGGCAAAAAGGUCCGCCGCCAGAAAAUGCAGUAGAACCCAAGAACAACAAUCCAGGAGUGAACAACAACAACAACCACCACAACAACAACAACAACAACAACAACCACAACAACAACAACAACAACAACAACAACAACGUAGUACUCGUCGCUGUGCGAAGCUCUCCGCGCGCACUCCCUUCAAGUUUCUGGAGGGAUAAUGACGGAGUUUGCGCGUGGCGACGUCGGCUGCCGCUGGGCCUCGGAUUCUCUCACAAUGAUACCAGGAGAAUACACAAAUACAGAUGUCCACAUAUACAGACAUGAACAGUUACACAUCUGCAUCAAUGAUUGACUCACACAGAGCGGAGACAAACAUAGAAAAAGGAUACAAAGACGUAGAUGGAAAAGAAAGAAAAAUAAAAGACAAAACGUGGUGAGAAGCGUGUGUACGCAAAUAGACACAUGCAUAUGCAGAAUGAUGUAGAAUAAUAAGAAAAAAUAUAUGAUGGUGAGCGGCGGCGACGACAGAACGAAAUAGGAGAGCCGCUUAACAAUAAUGAAAGAUUAUGAAAACUUGUCGUGUUUAACUCGAACUGUUGUAAUAGACGGAUGACGAACGCUUGUGGAUUGAUUGAUCAACUGAUGACCGAGAGAAUUCGAGAUGAUGUGAAAGUGCGAAGGGGUAUUGUGACGGAAGAAUUAGUAGCAGCGAAGAUUCGGCACGUAGCAUGAUCAAAAGGAGGGGUAUGGGUGGGUGGCUGGGGUAACGUACGGAGGUCGCUUUGAGGUUGCGCCACAUUCGACGGGAACUUGAUAUUUACUGUAUUCGUCCGUAGAGAUACGAACUUGUGGCUAGCGGCUGCCUCCGUACGUACCGCGGGUUCUUCGAUACGUUGAUAAUCCAAUGUCGAGGUCGCGAUGUUGUGGGAAAAGCAGUGCCAGUAUCGUCAAAUACAUUGAAUAACGGUUUAGGCACGUAUUCGCGCAUUUAGCGACCGUUGUGACGAUCGAAAAAGUUUCGGAGUAAAUCAUUACGAUCAUCAAUAUUAUUAUUAUUAUUAUUAUUAUUAUUAUUAUUAUUAUUACAUUACGAUGACAAUGUUAUUAUUAUUAUUUUAAUAACAUCAUUAUUAUCAUUGACUAGGACGUAAAGAUAUUGUAGCGCUGGUGGCUAUGUGCAACAAAAGUGAGUUUCGUGUGAAUGAAGAAAAGAAUGCUUUAUGCUGAAGGCACGAUCUGUGAAAUGUUGGCAACAAUAAAAAUCAGAAUAAUUAUUAUGACUAGGAAAAUGAUUAUUAAAUGCGUGUAACGUCAGCCACACAAAUUCGUGCCGAAGGUCGAGCCUUCUUUUGAUGUGUACCUAUCAUUGGCUUAUUGUAUAAAAUGAAACAUGAUUAUAAAUGCUUGGUUAUUAUUUGCGUAUAAUGUAUCGACCACAAUAUUGAUCGUUUCCUAUAGCCGAUUAUAUUCGUCAAAGCAGAGGCACAGAUAGAUGAUGGCCUAUUAGUAAGACCAAAACGCUAGUGAAUACAGGCUGGCCAAGCAGGCUGAUGCGCAGGUCGCUCGGUUUUGUUGAUUAAGAAGAAGCCUAUGAUGGCUUGAGUGAGUUCGCAUCAGCCCUGCUGAACGAGGUAUGCGCCCCAGCCUAUCGAACAACAAAAACAUCCGCAACAAACUUGUAUUAUUACUACAGUAACAAAAACCGUAAACGCUACUGUAUGAAUAUCAAUCACCUAGAGCAACUAUACAGGAACAUCUCAAUGUUUUUUUUUAAGAACGAUCUUUCUAUCAGAUAGAAACCCGCAUAGAAAUGGUAAUCCACAACGAGAAAAAGACGGCUAUAUCUCCUGUUGUCAGAAAAAAGGAACUAGAAUGAUAAAAGAAUAUACUUCAUUUACUAGCGAAAACGUUUAAAAGAAAUAAAAGGGGACCCCCAGCCUGGCUUAAGUACUUUAAAAGCAACCACCAUGAAAUCACUGACAGCCUCAAUCACAAGGAAACAACGCGAAAUAACGACAACGAAGACAGAUAGAUACAGUUGUAACAGCUGGAGCCAGUAUGAACGUCAUCAUAAAACCAUAGGGGAACAACAGAAGGUAAUACAAUGAACCGCGACAGUAGAGCAGCAUGUUUACGAGGAUUAUUAAUCAGAAGAUAGAUGGUGCAUUGAAACGAGAAUAUAUAGAUACAUAGACGGUAGAUGACCAAACGGGAUUCUAGCUACGUAAAAAUGGACCAGUAACAACAACAACAACAACAAUAUUGGCGACAACAUCAGCAACAGCAAAAGUAUAAACUAUAUGAAAUACAUAUUGGAACGUAUAGAUCAGAGUAAACAGUAAUAACCGGUCUGCAACACAACCAUGCGGGGAAUACAUUUGUGACGCUUAUGGGAAUUAAGUUUCGUUCCGUUGGACGCACGUGAAGAACGAGGAGCCGAUUGUCGCGGAUUGCGGUGUCAUGCAAUCGGCACUGCCUCGCCGUUAGCGUCUAGAGAAACGCUAUGAUUAUUGAAUAAUAUGAUUAUUAUAUAAUCGACAUUGGGCGGUGUUCUCCCUUUUGAUGCGGGCAACGGCCUUUGGGUGCGCUCCUUCCGCGCUGCUGUAUAAAGCUCGACGUCGACACUCAUUGUACAUAUAACCAUACAACAAAAGCAAAAUGGGCGCAAGACGGGGAGGCAAGGUAGUAGCCGCGGAGUGUAGAUACGACGAAGGAGGGCUGGUGUUCGUUGACUGGCGAUCAGCCCUGCUGCGCGGCACUCCCCCGGAGGCCGUUCCGUGCGGGGAAUCAUAGCACGCUCAACACAACGCCCCCCUGCUGCUCAAGCGUUUUACUGGCGUUGGUGUAGCGAUCGCGGUCAGGUUGGGGUAAACGUAAGUGGUCUUUAUGGUGGGAACAAUCGACCACGCCGCCUGAUGUCGCCGUUUGUCGAAGCCGCCGUCGUCGAAGCGAUGAAACGAAAAAAAAAAAAA